UUGUGUGUUUCAUUGUGGGGGAUUAUCUCCUGCUCUGAAACUGAGAACAUCCCAUAGUCUAAGACAAAGAUAUUUGCUUCAGAGAUAGUCCCGAACCUAUAAAAUACUAUUUAAUCUUCUUACGGGCUGCAGGUAUUAAACUGGAUUGUCUAUUCCUCCAGCAAUAUGCCCUUCACACCUGACCCUGUCUCUUAUCAGAAUUCAGCUGGGAGAGACCUAACAAAAAUGGGAUAAUUUUCUGCUGCUUCUACCCAUAACUCAUCUCCUUUCUGGGUGCUACAUGUCAAAGAAGCCUCCAGCACUAAAUGUUAGCAAUGGAACCUCAGUUCCUCUUGAACAUCAUUUUUGAAGGAUUCUACACUUUUUGUAGCAUGCAGUUCUGGUCCUGUUGAGAUCCCCACAUCUAGGAGCAGCAAGAGACUCCCAAUGAUAGGUGUAAAUGCAGUUUGGUGACCAGGAGAAGUCUCCAUUGACUCCAGGAACAUUGAUCAGAUUCGUGAGCAUUCGGGAAAUGCAUUUACCACUGAGGAGAAGGCUUCAGAGGAAUCGGGUUCUUUUUCUAUUGGCCAUGGUGUUGGCUUUUUCCAUCUAUCAGCUUCUCCGUGGCCCUAAAAUUCGUUCAGCACCUUGGACAGCAUCUCAGCCUGAGGACCAAGUGAAAGUGACCACCAGGGAUCUUUCCAGCAACAAAGCCGUUGCAGUGGACAAUGGAACAACAGCAUCCAAGAUAAGGCAUUGUGUAUAUGUGGACCCUACGCCAACCAUAUCCAUCACAUCAUCAGCGAAUGCAACCCCAUCCCUAGGAAGUGUCAAUCUGACCCACCUGGAUGAAGAGGGAAGUUACCCAACACCCCCCUCCCAUGGAGAAUACCCUGAAGACCUUUUUAGCUUGGAGGAGCGCAGGAAAGGGUGGGUCAUACUUCACAUCUUUGGCAUGAUGUAUGUGUUUGUGGCCUUGGCCAUAGUAUGUGAUGAAUAUUUUGUCCCCGCAUUGGAUGUAAUCACGGAGAAGUUGCAGAUCUCCGAUGAUGUGGCAGGGGCCACCUUCAUGGCAGCAGGCGGAUCAGCACCAGAACUCUUCACCUCUCUCAUAGGUGUCUUCAUCUCACACAGCAACGUGGGCAUUGGCACCAUUGUAGGCUCAGCAGUGUUUAAUAUUCUUUUUGUCAUUGGCACCUGUGCCCUUUUCUCGAGGGAGAUACUCCACCUGACCUGGUGGCCCUUGUUUAGAGACGUCUCGUUCUACAUUCUAGACUUACUGAUGCUCAUCCUGUUUUUCUUAGACAGCUUCAUUGUUUGGUGGGAAAGCAUCCUUUUGUUGAGUGCCUACAUCCUCUAUGUGCUCACCAUGAAAUGGAACGUUCACUUAGAACAAUGGGUGAAGGAACAGGUGAACAAGACAAGAAAUCCCAUGAAGGUAGCCGCUUCUGAAGACACAAAGAAGCAAGGCAAUGGGUCAGUUGCAAGGGAUGGAGCAAAGCACUCAGACGACAGCAAGAGACUGGAGCUCAUGCCAUCCUUACCGCAAGGAGGCAGCUCGGCCUCUCUGCACAACAGCCACAUGCGCACCACCAUCUUCCAGCUCAUGAUCCGCACCCUGGACCCCCUGGCCGAAGAGAACAAAGCGGAAGCAGAAUUAGCAACCACCGUUCAAGUAACGCCUGCCAGCGACUCCAACCUCAGCGUGGUGGAGGAUGAACACAAUGUGGACACACCGCCUGGCGGGCAGCUCUCUCUGGAUAUAGAAGGCAGCAGCUCUGAGGAGGAGGAAGAUUGUGAUGAGGAGAGUGAGGAUGAAGAUGAGGAGGAAGAAAAUGACGAGCCGUUAUCCCUCGAAUGGCCAGAGACCCGGAGAAAACAAGCUCUUUACCUUUUCCUCCUGCCCGUGGUGUUCCCUCUCUGGCUCACUGUGCCCGACGUUAGGAACCCAAGGUCUAGAAACUUCUUUGCCAUCACAUUUCUAGGAGCCAUCAUCUGGAUUGCAGCAUUUUCCUACCUCAUGGUGUGGUGGGCACAUCAGGUUGGAGAAACAAUUGGGAUUUCGGAGGAAAUUAUGGGUUUAACAAUCCUGGCAGCAGGGACUUCAAUCCCUGACCUCAUCACAAGCGUUAUUGUUGCACGUAAAGGCCUGGGUGACAUGGCUGUCUCCAGCUCUGUGGGCAGCAACAUCUUUGACAUCACUGUUGGCUUGCCAGUUCCUUGGUUCCUUUAUUCGGUCUUCAAUGGACUCAGCUCAGUUGCUGUCAGUAGUAAUGGUUUGUUUUGUGCAAUUGUUCUGCUUUUUCUCAUGCUCUUGUUUGUGAUCAUCUCAAUUGCGCUCUCUAAAUGGAAAAUGAACAAACUAUUAGGGCUCACCAUGUUUGCUCUUUACUUUGUAUUUUUGAUCAUCAGUGUGAUGCUAGAAGAGAGAAUCAUAUCCUGCCCAAUAUCUGUCUGAGGCUUGGGUGUAACUACCAUUUGGGCCGCACAAGACGAUGUGAUCGCCAUAUACAGUAUGUGUAAAUGAACUUGAAAAUGGGUUUAAGGUAGUUAUUUUACUUACUUAAACCAAUUGUAAGCUUAUUGAAAAUUGUAAAAAACUAAGCUUAGUGAAACUUAAAUUCAAAUAAAGAUUUCUAUUAAUAUAUUUAUAUGCAUUAAUAUAUAUUUAGGCCCCAAUCCUGCAAAGACCCACACAGGUGUUUAAAAUGUUAUGCACUGCAAGUAGUCCUGUUUCAUUUUAUUAAUUCAAGACCGAGGCUCUGCCCACUUGUAGUCAUUAAAGAUCCCAGGCAAUUUUUGCAGGAGUCAGAGUAUUAUUAGUCUUUUGCGGAAUCAGGGUCUAAAUUAUUAAUGAAAGGGCCUGAUCCUAAAUCCACUGAAGUCAGUGGAGCUUUGUCAAUGGGUGUGGGAUCAGACCCUGAUGGUGAAAUUUAGCCUUGUGGAGAGAGCCAGUGUUGAUCUUCUUACAUCCCCAAAAUAGGGCUUAAGUGGGAUGUAAGUGUAGAACAGGCCUUGAGUUGGUCCCUCUAAACAGAGGGGAAUUUCACCCUAAACUCUUCGGAGAAAGAGCAAUAAACUGAUUUCUGUGCUCAGUGGGAAAAGCAUUUACCAGUUACACAGCAAUCCUGAAGAAUAUCCACUCUGCCACAUUAUAAAUAAGCAUCUAAUUCUGCAAUGUGAUCCCUAAACUCAUGGUGAAGUCCUACAUAAACUAGAGGGACUCCAUGUGGAUCUAAGAGUCCAUUGGUACAGUUUGCUUUGCAGGAUUCAGGGACUAGGAGAGCACACUGCAAACCAGUAAAAGGUAAAGAGAACACGAAGUGAAACUGUUAUAAAAAGAGGAAGCUGAAAUGAUCUUAUAUUGCUUUUCACCCCCUGAAAGUGACUGUAUUCAACUCCUGUUAGCACUAAUGUGUUUUGCAUAAUUGUGUCAUAUGAAGAAAUGCUAAUUGUCAUCCACCAUUAUCAAUUAGCCUGUAUGGUUUAAAGUUACCAAUGCCUCAAUUAAACCAGCAAAGUGAUGAGAAACUAUAGAUGCUUCUGUCAUUCUUAAACCAUUUAAUAAAAUUUAAAUGAGCAUAACCAUACUGAGAACUUUAGCUUUUUAUUUACUUGUAAAACUUUGAACUUUUAUUCUUUUGGAUGAGACAAAAAGUUUAUC